AUCCGGACGGCGUUGCAUUCACAUCACCAUGCUGUUCAGGAAGCAUCUCGUAAACUUGCUAAGGAUCGGUAGCCGGAAUCUGUCCACCGAUGGAUUGGAUAGGUUUAGCACCAUCAACUACGAGAAGAUCGGCAUCGUCGGAGUGCCCUUCGAGAAGGGUCAACGCAAGAAGGGUGUCGGAUUGGGACCGAAAGCGAUCCGCGAAGCCGGACUGAUCGACAGUAUUCAGGAAAUCUCCCACAAGCUGGACAUUCGCGAUUACGGAGAUAUUCAGUAUGAAGCGCUGAACCUGCCCGGACGGAUGGCGACGAACAUGAAGAAGCUGGAGCACGUGGCGAGCUGUACGAAGCUGCUUUCGCAUCGGGUGACUCAGGUGUUGAAUGACGAUCGAUUGUGUUUGACGCUGGGAGGUGAUCAUGCCAUUGCGAUCGGUUCGAUCGAUGGCCAUCUGAAGCACUGCAGCGAUGUCGGUGUCAUUUGGGUUGAUGCGCAUGCCGAUUUGAACACGAACUCAACGUCUCCGUCGGGUAAUAUACAUGGAAUGCCUGUGGCACUUUUGGCCAAGGAGCUGGCGGACUAUUGGCCGUACAUUCCGGGGAUGGACUGGCAGGAGCCGAUCAUUUCGAUCAAGAAUAUGGUGUACAUUGGAUUGCGCUCGGUAGAUCCGUAUGAGCGGGUAAUCAUCGAAAAGUUCGGAAUCCAUGCCUUCGGGAUGCGAGAAGUGCAAAAGUAUGGAAUCAAGGACGUUAUGAAGAUGGCCUUGGAGCGGAUCGAUCCCGACGGGAAAAAGAGUCUUCAUGUGAGCUAUGACAUUGAUUCGUUGGAUGUGCUGGAGGCUCCCAGCACGGGGACCGGUGUCCGCGGUGGAUUGACGCUCCGAGAGGGGAUCUAUAUUAUGGAAGACGCAUACAAAACCGGUCGGCUGGCUGCCGUGGAUCUGGUGGAAGUCAACCCGACUGUUGGCACUCCGGAAGACGUUAAGAAAACUUUGGACGCAGCUAUUCAUCUGCUGGUCGCUGCCUGUGGACACAGUAGAAAAGGAAACAUUGCUGAUACUAUUGACUUGAUUAGAAAGUGAGUUUCGUGAAAAUAAAGUGACCUUUGCGAGUAA